GUCGCGCGGAGCAGGCAGAGCUGCGGGUCGGUCCCGGAGGGAGCUGUAGCUGGCCGUAGGGAGCGCGAGCGCGAGAGCGAGACCGAGAGCGAGUGCGAGCGCGGGAGCUCGAGCGGGCGGAGGCGCGGCCGGACCAGUAGCUAGUAGUCCGCGGAGCCCGAGGAUCUUGAGUAGCCCGAGCCCGGCCAUGGCGCUGUCGAUGCCGGUGAACGGGCUGAAGGAGGAGGACAAAGAGCCGGUCAUCGAGCUCUUCGUCAAGGCUGGCAGUGAUGGUGAGAGCAUAGGGAACUGUCCCUUCUCCCAGAGGCUCUUCAUGAUCCUUUGGCUGAAAGGUGUGGUGUUCAGUGUCACGACUGUUGAUCUGAAAAGGAAGCCUGCAGACCUGCAGAACUUGGCUCCAGGGACUCACCCACCCUUUAUAACUUUCAACAGUGAAGUCAAAACGGAUGUGAACAAGAUUGAGGAGUUCCUUGAGGAAAUCUUAUGCCCACCCAAAUACCUAAAGCUUGCACCAAAGCAUCCAGAGUCAAACACUGCUGGGAUGGACAUCUUUGCCAAAUUUUCUGCAUUUAUUAAGAAUUCAAGGCCAGAAGCUAAUGAAGCAUUGGAACGGAGUCUCCUGAAAACACUGCAGAAACUGGAUGACUACCUGAAUUCUCCCCUUCCUGAUGAGAUCGACGAGAACAGCAUGGAAGACAUUAAGUUUUCCACCCGUAAAUUCCUGGAUGGCAACGAGAUGACAUUAGCUGACUGCAACCUGCUGCCCAAGCUGCACAUUGUCAAGGUGGUGGCCAAAAAGUAUCGCAACUUCCUUAUCCCGAAGGACAUGACUGGCAUCUGGCGCUACUUGACCAACGCAUACAGCCGGGAUGAGUUCACCAACACCUGUCCUAGUGAUAAGGAGGUGGAGAUAGCAUAUAGUGAUGUAGCCAAAAGACUCACUAAGUAAAGCAGCUUUGGGAGAGGGAUGGCUUCCUGCCCUCCCCUGUUAACAGAACACGCUUCUUAACAGAAUACCGCUCCUCUUCCUAUCAUGUAGAGGUCAUAUUUUGCAUGAAUAUGCAGUUACUCAAAAUUAGGAUAAAGGGUAGACCAGGUACAGUAGCUAUCAAAAAUAUACACUCCUACGAAGUGUUGAAGUGGUCUUUUUUGGUGUGUGUUUUUAACCCCUUUUUUUUCCUGCCCCCUCCAAAUUCUGAUGAGUUUGGAGACACUCCAUCACAACAAUGUAUUCAUCUGUAGGUGUUCAUCAUCUUUCCAUGGCCCUCGCUCUUGUGCCUGUCCCCUGUGGUGACACAGAGUGAUAAAGAAUUGGAUUUACUUUUGUUAAAGUGGUGAUGGGAACUCCACAGCUCAGCCCCAAACCAUUGAACCCUUGAUGUGUGCUGCACAGAAUCUGUGUAGAUUUGGGCUUUUCUACUGUUACCCAGAUUGUGCAGAAAGGUAGCACCCAGCUGGGCCCAUCUCGGCUCCCUGUGUGUGUAUGGAAAUACUUGCUCCCAGAGAAAAAGAGCUGUUCCCAGAGUAGCUUUUUCCAGACUUUGUUUUGUAGAGACAUCGUUGUUCUUCUCCCCACCAAGAGCAUUGAUUAAUGUCUUUAUUCCAGUUGUAAGCCCUCUGCCACUAUGGUAUACACCGACUGUUUGCAGGGAGAGCUGGUGGUGCCAGGCCUUCCCAAAGCAAUGCUUCAUCAGGCUUCCUGUAGCAAAUUCUAACUUUGCAUUUUUAGUCCCAACAACAGAACCUGAUGCCAUUGGUUUGGAAACAGGACUGGAUUGUCCAGUUUGGUGUGAAUCAAAAGGGGCAAAGAACCUUUGCUCUUUAUAGGUCCUUGAUGAAAAUUUCUGUGAGUAGAUUCACUUGGAAACUAUAAUCUAGGUGACACAGAUAUAGAUACUCUGUGUGGUGAUAGAAGUGCAGUGAUCAGCAACGUGAGACUGAGCAGUAGAAGCUCAGAGGGACCCAAGGGAGUCUUGUAUUUAGUUUGGUUUGGGGAGCAUCCUGGCUGUAGGGGACCUUGCCUGAAACUCUGCAACAGACCUCCCAGCCCUGGGCCUAGGCUAGUGGAGUCCUUGAUGGGAGAGAGGCCUAGUCAUGGCUCUGGGGACAUUAUCAUAGCCACUGUUGGUGUGCAUAGAAGCCUGAUGUGAUCAUGAUCAUGGCUCUUCUGUGAAUUGUCUCGGACAGCCACCCAGAGAGAGCACGCCACCAGAGCGAAUCGCCUUUCUUCCAAGUCUUCCUGAGGGAUGGAGAGCAAGUGGGUUGGGGGCCAGGGAACAUUUGCAGUGUUUAUUAGCCCAAUUAAAGCUGGUCUGAGUUCUGCUCCA